GCUUAUAUGUUGUGUCCACUGCAUGUUUCCCAUUUUCGUCUACAGCUCAUCUCUGCUCAUCAAACCCAUUUCAAUUGCUCAAUUACUCCCCUUUUAAUUCUAUUUACCACAAAUUCGUUUGAUUCCAGUUCCUUUUUUUUCUUUUUUCAAGAAAAUUUGCUCUGUAACUUUUUUGCCCAUUGAAGCUUAGUGGGAAAAUUCAAUCAAGUCAAUGGACAAAGAGGUGCCAUUCUCAUAAGUUCAAAUCUAGCAAGAAGGAUUGGUGAAUGGAGCAUUGUUAUGGAGAAGAUGCUGAUAUAACUGAAUCAGAGAUUGAAGAUUAUAAAGAAAAAUCAUAUGAAGAGUUGAGGUGUGGAAAUCAAUCUUUUAAGAUAUCAGAUGUGGCUUACACUUGUCCCUAUUGUCAAGAGAAAAGCGGGCGGCACCUUUUCUAUGAAGAUCUCUUGCAGCAUGCAAGUGGAAUAGGAAAGUCUAAGAUACGAACUGCAAGAGAUAGGGCCAACCAUCUUGCAUUGGCCAAGUAUUUAGAAAAUGAUGUAGCAGGUGCUGCUAUUCCAUCAAAAUCUAAUAAAGAGUUGAACAGUGGAAAUCACUCUUUUAGGAAAUCAGAUGUAGUUUUUGCUUGCCCCUAUUGUCCAGAGACAAGAAAAAGAGGUUUUUCUUAUAAGGAUCUGUUGCAACAUGCAAAUGGAAUAGGAAGCUCAAACUCUACGAAGCGAACUGCAAGAGAUACGGCGAACCAUCUUGCAUUAGCCAAGCGCUUGGAAAAUAAUGUAGCAGGUUCUGCCAGUUCAGCAAAAUAUUAUGAAGACUCGAGGAGUGGAAAUCACUCUCCUAAGAUAUCAAAUAUGGCUUUUGCUUGUCCCUAUUGUCCGGAGACAAGAGAAAGAGUUUUUUCUUAUAAGGAUCUCUUGCAGCAUGCAAAUGGAAUAGGAAGCUCUAACUCUUUGAAGCGAACUGCAAGAGAUAAGGUGAACCAUCUUGCAUUAGCCAAGCGCUUGGAAAAAGAUGUAGCCGGUUCUGCCAGUUCAUCAAAAUCUUAUGAAGAGUCGAGGAAUGUAAAUCACUCUUUUAAGCUAUCAAAUAUGACUUUUGCUUGCCCCUACUGUCCAGAGACAAGAAACAGAGAUUUUUCGUACAAAGAUCUCUUUCAGCAUGUAUAUUCAGUGGGAAACUGUAACUCUAUAACGCGAACAGCAAGUGAUAAGGCCAACCAUCUUGCAUUGGCCAAGUCCAUGGAAAAUGAUUUAGCAGGUGCAGCUGGUCCAUCAAAAUCUUAUGAGGAGAUGAAGACUGGAAAUCACUCUCUUAAGAUACCAGAUAUGGCUUUUGCUCGUGCCUAUUGUCCAGAGAGGAGAAACAGAGAAUUUUUAUACAAGGAUCUCUUGCAGCAUGCGAGUGGAGUAAGAAAUGGUAACUCUAAGAAGCGAACUGCAAGAGAUAGUGCCAACCAUCUUCCAUUGGUCAAGCACUUGGAUAGUGAUGUAGCAGGUCCAUUGAAAGCUUAUGAAGAGUUGGAGAGCGGGAAACAAUCUUUUAACAUAUCAGAAAGGACUUUUGCUUGUGCCUAUUGUUCAGAUACAAGAAACAGAGAUUUUUCGUACAAAGAUCUCUUGCAGCAUGCAGUAGGAGUAGGAAGCUGUGACUCUAAGAAACGAACGGCAAGAGAUAAGGCCAACCAUCUUGCCUUGGCCAAGCACUUGCAAAAUUUUGCCACAUAUUUGGAAAAUGAUGUAGCAAGUGCUCCCAGUACAUCAAUAUCUUAUGAAAAAAUGAAGAGUAAUCACUCUUUUAACAAUUCAGAUGUCGCUUUUGCUUGCCCCUAUUGUCCAGAGACUAGAAACAAAGAUUUUUCAUAUAAGGAUCUCUUGCAGCAUGCUGGUGGAGUAGGAAGCUGUAACUCUAAGAAGCGAACUGCAAGAGAUAAGGCUAACCAUCUUGCAUUGGCCAAGUACUUGGCAAGUGAUGUAGCAGGCAGUGCUAGUUCAUCAAUACCUUAUGAAAAGUUGAAGAGUGGAAAUUACUCGUUGAACAUACCAGCUGUGGCUUACACUUUUGCCUAUUGUCCAAAGAAAAGAAAGCGAGAAUUUAUGUAUAAGGAUCUCAUGUUCCAUGUGAGGGAAGUUGGAAGCUGUAGCUCCAACAAGCGAACUGCAAUAGAUAAAGCUAACCAUCUUACAUUGGCCAAGUACUUCGAAAAUGAUGUAGCACUUGCUGCCAGUCCAUCAAAACCUGAUACUCUAGGUGAUCCUCAGGUUGAUACUCUUUUAGAUUAUGACCGUGCUGAGAUGUUUGUAUGGCCGUGGAUUGCAGUUGUUGUGAAUCUUCCCACUGAAUUUAAGGAUGGACGCUAUGUAGGAGAAAGUGGUUCCAAUCUGAAGGAUCAGUUGAUAAGGAGAGGUUUCAAUCCAACACGAGUGCGCACUCUAUGGAAUGACCUAGGCCAUUCUGGAAUUGCUCUUGUUGAAUUCAAGAAAGAUUGGUCUGGGUUCAGUAAUGCCAUAUUAUUUGAGAAGGCCUAUGAGGCCGAUUAUCAUGGUAAGAAGGAUUGGGAAGUCAGUAAUGGCAAAAAGCCUGAUCUUUAUGCUUGGAUAGCUCGAGCUGAUGAUUAUCAGGCUACUAAUGUUGUUGGUGAAAAGCUCCAGAAAUUUGGAGACCUUAGAACCCUUCCUAAUAUCAUGGAAGAAGAAUCUCGGAAGACUCGUAAGCUUGUUUCUAGUUUGACCAAUGCCAUUGAAAUCAAGAAGUUGAACUUAAAGAUGAUAGAGGACAAAUAUAAGGAGACUUCCCAGUCUGUCGAACAGUUGAUUGUGGUGAAUGCUAAACUUCGUCAAUCAUACAAUGAAGAAAUAAAAAAGAUCCAGUCAAGUUCACGCGAUCAUUUCCAGCAGACAUUUAUUAAUCAUGAAAAGUUAAAAUUACAAUUGGAAACUCAAAAAAAGGAGCUUGAACUCCGACAUACAGAAUUGCAGAAACGUGAGGCCCAAAAUGAAAGUGAUAGGAAAAAAAUGUCCGAAGAUCUUGAACAGAAUGCUAUCCUAAAAACCUCCCUUAGUGCUGCGAUUGAAGAGCAACGGAAUGUUGAUGAAAAAGUACCGAAAAUGGCAGAAGAACUGAAGAAACAAAAGGAGGAACUCCAUAAGAGAAUUAUUAAGCUUGAGAAACAACUUGUCACGAAACAAGCAGGAGAAAUAGAAGUGGAGCGAUUGCGAGUGACUAUGAAGCAGAUUGAAGAAGAGGCCAAUCAGGAAGUUCUGCAAAAAGUUGACACACUGCUUAAAGAUUUAAGAGAAAAGGAAGAAAAAUAUGAAGAUUUAGUGGCUUUGAACCAAACCUUGAUUGUGAAGGAACGAAAGAGCAAUGAUGAGCUGCAGGAAGCACUUAAAGAAUUGGUUAAUGGCUUGAAAGAAUUACCUAGAAAUGGUCCUAUUGGUGUUAAGAGGAUGGGAGAGCUCGACAGCAGACCGUUUCUUGAAGCAAUGAAGAGGAGAUAUAAUGAGGUAGAAGCAGAGGAGAUAGCUUCUGAGUUGUGCUCGUUGUGGGAGGAGUACCUUAGAGACCCUGAAUGGCAUCCCAUUAAAGUCAUUUCCAUAAAUGGGAAACAUCAGGCUGUAAUUGAUGAUGAAGAUGAAAAACUGAAAGGCUUGAAGAAAACUUACGGUGAGGAAGUGUAUAAAGCUGUUACAACUGCUUUGACUGAGAUUAAUGUAUAUAACCCAAGUGGAGGAUACAUCAUCUGUGAGCUGUGGAAUUAUGACGUUGCUGAGAAAGCUACUUUACAGGAGGGAGUUACUGUGUUACUGAACCUAUGGAAAAAGAAAAUGACACUCGACUGAACUUUGGAUGCUUCAUUGUGCUUCUCCUAACGUUCUUUAGACAGAACCUCAUGUGAAAUCACAUUCCAUUCGAGCUCCUUUAUUUGCAUUAGGAAUGAAAUCCUUCGCUGUGCUUUGGCCUCCAAUUUAAGGGAAAUGUUUUCUCAGAUAAAUGUAGAAUAGGCUGGUUUUCUUUUAGUGAAGGGACAGACAAUUAAAGUGGAGAAUUGAAAACUAUGGAGCGUAAGCUGGGGAGAAGGACAAGCUCGAGCAGCUUAAAGCAGUCAGAUGACCUAUUGGUAGAAAAUGUAGCAGAGAAGAAGACAACCAAGAAACAAACUAAAAUCCUGAAAAAUAGAUAUUAAAGCACCAGCCAAAGAGUUGAGCAAGAAUGAUCAACAACAUUGAAGCCAAUACAUUCCAUAGUUGCGAUUGGAAGAGAGAGAGAGACAUAAAUCUUAUCUUCUUAGUUCUUAAAAUUUCUGUUAAAUUUGUUCAAUAGCAUAGAGUUCUGGUGAGAAAUCAAACAUUUUCAAACUACCUUAGCAAUAGAGAGGUACUAUCAUUUUUGUUCUUACAAUUUCUAUAUUAUUUUAGUCUUGUUAGAGAUUUAUAUGUCAGUAAGAUAUGUAGAGAACCUUCUUUUUUUAAUAUUUGAUUCAGAGGUGAUCAAAUGGAUCAUUAGCCGAUCACAACAAGAAAGGCUUCUUUUUGUUA